AUGUCUAUUUUGAAAAAUAAGAGUGUUCUCUCCACUGUUUCUCCCUUUGCGUUCAGAUGCCUCUUGACUUCUGGGCAUCAGGGUCGUAUCAUUCCUGUGGAUGGGACAUGGUACAUGCCCAAUGUCCCAAAGAAUGGUAAGACUCAAUUUUUAACCGAAGAAAGACUUGAAAAUGCUGCUUUCUUCGACUUGGAUAAGAUAGCCUUACCGGGCUCAAAAUACCCUCAUAUGUUACCAACUUACUCCGGGUUUAAAGAAGCUAUGGAACAGUUGAAGUUAACUAGAGAUGAUAAGAUCGUUGUUUACGAUAAACAAGGUAUAUUCAGUGGCCCUCGUGUUGCAUGGACCUUCGCAUUAUUUGGCCAUCCAAAAGUAUAUCUUUUAGAUACUUACAAAGUGUACAAGGAUGGGUUUGAUUACCCUAUUGAAACAAAUGUUGUUGAAUCGAUUUCUACACCAUUAAACACCGAAGCCGAAGCUUACGACAUGGUUUCCGAAGCUCAAUUCAAUGACAACUACGCUCAAAAUGUCAUUGAAUAUGAAGAAUUGCUUUCUCUAGUAGAAUCUGGUGAAUUGGAAAAGGAGUAUAUUACUUUUGAUGCCCGGUCGGCUGAUCGGUUUUCGGGUGCAGCUCCGGAACCUCGUCCGGGGUUGAGCUCUGGUCACGUGCCUUCGGCUAAAUCUUUACCCUUCAAUAAGUUACUACAACCAGAUGGUACUUACAAACUGAAGGAAGAGCUAAUUGAGUUAUUUCUUAAUGAUUAUGGUUUGGACUUGGUCACCCCGGACUUGAACGGAAAGAAGGGAAUUAUAGUUAUGUGUGGAACCGGAGUUACUGCUGUAAUCAUCCGUUUUGCAAUAGAAGGAGUUAUUGGAGCAGAUGUUCCUAUUAGAGUUUAUGAUGGAAGUUGGACUGAAUGGGCCCAAAGAGCUCCAUCAGAAUACAUUGUUAAAGAUGCUUGA